UAGUAGAUAAGAGAGAGAAACAUGAAUUUUCAUUUUGAGCCAUUAGCCACCUUUAUAGCUACCGCCAUCGCUAUUUUCUUAAUUUCCACUAUCAAAUUCCGUUGGUUCCGUCCCGACAAUUAUUUGCCGCCGCCGUUCAACGUCGUCGUCGAGGAAAUCAGUUACUGUUACUGUGCCGUGUGCCUCGAUGAGGUGAGCAGUGACGACAGGUGUCGACAACUGCCCAAGUGUGGCCACACAUUCCACGCGAUGUGCGUGGAUGUGUGGCUAGAGUGCAAUUGGACGUGUCCAAUCUGCAGAAGGCAAGUUACUGAUGAACUUCCGGAGAGACAAGGUCAAAACACCCUAUUUUCUUUUGUUGUUUCACGAUGUGAAGAAUUUAUGACUAAGAUUAAUACUCGUGCUGAAGAAUUCAUGACCGUUUUGUUCGACAGCGGUGUUUUAGGCCAUCUUUGAAUUUUUUAUUUGUUGUAAUUAAUUGUGUAUUCAUU